AUGAUGUCGCAAAUCCAGACAGAAUACUCCAGUUUGGGGCCAUUUUGCUGCUUACCUCUAUCCGACCCUAAUCCAUUCCACAAUCCAGUGGCAGUCCUGUCACCAUCUGUGCUCGACCAAUCUGGGACAGAAACCUGGCGCUCAGAAACUCUCAUUCAGAUCUUUUCUGACUUUUGGCAAUCUGCAGAAUGCCAAUCUCCUGGCAUUGUUCAGAAUAGUGAGGAGAUCUAUGUUCCCACCAUCAAUCACAUCCGAAUAAUUUGCUCACUUGUCAAACAUUUACAUUAUUUUGUGAAUAGUGCAUCAGUACCAAUACUUACCUCACCUUAUUACCAACAAACAUUGACACCUCUUGACCAGUUUAAGAAAACCACAGUACUUGGAAUUGUCCAAAAACGUCUCUACACAUUCUUACGUCAUGCAUUUGACUGGUGGCCAUUAGAUUUAUCUUUUAGAUUGAUCUUUUUCCCCCUAAUUAAUUUUAUUCUCAAUUCAAUUUUAAUUUUACCCCCACCUCUCUCUCUCUCUCUCUCUCUCUCUCUCUCUCUCUGUCUCUCUCUCUCUCUCUCUCUCUCAUCUAUUCAUCCCGACGUGGUGAUCGGCAAUACGAAAUAG